GCUUCAGCGUUUCAGGUGGAGGAGGAGCUGAAGGAGCAGCAACGGGAGAAGGCAGCCAGCCUGAGACGUUUCCAGGGAGAGGUGAAGCAGCGGGUGAACCAGCAGGUCAGGAUGCGAAGAAAGCAGCAGCUGCAGAAGUCGUACGAAGCAGCAGAGAGGGAGAGCUGCGUCGCCAUGCAGUACUCGGACUCCGCGCUGCGCUUGACCCCCAGGAAGAACACGUGCCUGUUUCGGAGCCACCCUGCGCCCGCCAUCUGCGGCCCCGGCGCUCGCGCUGUCCUGGCACAGCGGCAAGGGGUGCCAGGCGAGCCGUUCCAGCAGCAAGCUGCCAAGCUUAGCAAAACGGUGAAGCAAGUUCGGCGCAGGCUGGCGUCCUGCAAAACCGUGCCUCAAGGAGCAGGUCCUCCCGAACUCCCCGGUGGCGUCUGGAAGCGAGAGAAACCAGAGCCUUGCAAGACAGCCACGGUGCCUGCAGAAGAUGAGAGUGAGGAACUGCUUCUGGCAGGACAUCAUGAUCUUCCAGCUGAACUGCAAGGCCAGGGGACAGCCCCGCAUCAGGCUGAGCAAGACGAUGACUUCUACAUCAAAAUUGAAUUUGAAAAAUUCUGUGGUGGAUUGGUGAAGGACUCGAGCUUGCCCAAGCCUCCCCAGAGGCUGCACACCAGUUACCAAGCUCCCGUCGUACUCUGGGCUGGUGCAGACCAAGAGGAAACCAAGAAGCAGCGUCAGAACGAGUACCUGAGAUACAGGCGCCUCUUCAUGAGUAUCGAGCGAGAGCAAGUGAAGGAGCAGCAGAGGCAGAAAGAGAGGCAGAAGAGAAUUGCUGAGAUUAAGAGCAAGAAGGAGAACCAGCGCCGGGUGGAAGAGCAGAGGAUGCAGGAGAUGGCCGGCCAGCCAGAACCCGCCCUGGGAGAGGGAGCCUGUGAAACCCUGGCCCAGCUUCAGCUGGAGGAGAGGAAAGAGAAGAAGGUUAAGGACAAACAGCAGCGAAAUAAGGAGUACGUGAGGUACAUCGAAGCUCUACGGGCUCAGAUGAGGGAAAAGAUACAACUAUAUAACAUCGACUUGCCCCCACUGUGCUCCUGUGGGUCCGAUUUCUGGGACUCCCACCCGGAUACCUGUGCCAACAACUGCGUCUUCUACAGAAACCACCAAGCCUACAGCCACGCUCUGCAGUCCGUCAUCUUGUCCUGCGAGCCCGCAGACACGAGCCCCUCGGCGAGGCUGCCGCUCCGAGACCUGGCCACGCUCUGCGUUCGCUCGGGGAAGCAUCUGUGA